GCAACACACUGUGGUAGCUCCGGACAGUAUCGCAUAGAGUCAGAUCACUUUAUAGUCGCUGGCGCUACCGCAUGCGACAACAAAGGCGCGACCGCGUUCGGCGAUAUGGCAGACAGACUCACGCAGCUCCAGGAAUUCCUGGAUGAUCUGCUCAUGCAGAUGUACACGUCUCUCGACUACAUUCACACGCGCGCACCUUACGCUUCGAUCCCAGGCCAAGAUUCGCAAGCACCUUCGCAACCUUCAUCGCACCAGGCAGGCGCAAACGGCACAACGGCAGCGACGAAUGGAGACGGUGACAAGCAAGGAGAAGGAAGUAAUGCCCGAGCGAACCGCGAAGGUCAAGAGCCGCUGCCAGAGAAUCCCGAGACUUUCAACAGGGCAAUGGUCGAGUUGGCGCAAGAUCUAGUUUUGAAGGAGCAAAUGAUCGAGCAUGUGAUCAACAACUUGCCAGGCAUUGGCAACAGUCAGGCUGAGCAAGAGCGCAGAAUGAAGGAGCUCGAGCAGGAACUGCGCACGGUCGAGGAGGAGCGGCGCAAGAAAGAGGUUGAGCGUGAGAACAUGAUCGACAUGCUGGGCGAAGUGAUCGGAAAGGUUAAGAGAAUCCCGUGAAGACAGAACUCGCGCGCGCAUCCUUGAAACCCUUGCUGAAGCUGUCACAUGCGCU